ACUUGGCCUGCUUGCUCUCUCAUAGCUAGCAAGUCUAUUACUUUGCUGGCACUAGAGCCCCCUUGCGUGUGAUUCCAUCUUCUACUGAAGACCAGCUGAAACAUCCAUCCUCAGGAACUGAGAACUUCUGGAAUCUUGGACUUUACUUCCUCUCCAGCUGUUGUGGAAUAAGUUCAACUCCAUACUAAGGUGGAGGACUUACCCACAGGGAUCCAUGGAUAAAGCCAAGAAGAUGAUGCAGUCCAUUCCCAGUUUUGUCAAGGAUACAUCAGAUAUUGAAGAACAUGCACUGCCCAGUGCACAGGUCUUGCCAGCCCAGAGUACAAGGUGUUCCAAGUCUGAGACACUUUGUUUAGGCAAAGAACAAAGUCACUGCUCUGAGGAUGGCUGGAUUGCCGAAUGGGAUCUAUACUCCUUUUGUGUAUUUGAGAGUGUGGACUACCUGAGAUCCUACCACAGAUUGAAUUCUGCCAUGAAGAAGGGCACAGAGGUCUUCCAGAGUGAGAGUCAGAGGAAUCCACAAGUGUCCCCAGGAGAUGUGAAAAACUACAAAGACAAAGAUACAGAGGAGCCAGACCAACCCUCCCCAAGCUUGCUGAGGGAGAAAGGCCUGGAUCUUGUGACCUGUGAUGGUGGAGACUGCCCUGUCCAGGAUCCUGUUUCUGACAGUUCCAGGCACCUAGGCUGCUGGGCAUGGCUUCAAAGGGCUUUUGGCCAGAAGAAGUGAGAAAGGCACUAAGAACUGUGUUUGGAGCCCAUGAACCCUGAUGCCUGCUAAGACUAGCAAUUAGGGGAUCUUCUGUCAGCUCCUGCUGUUACAGCAAAGGCACACAAAGGCAGUUGUGUCUUUGCAGCCAUCUAGUUUGUGUUUGUUUGUUUAUUUGUUUACAGCAUUCUUAAUAAAAUAGUUAAAAAGCUGAAAA